AUGGGAGACAGGCCAAUAAGCCACAAGCGCUCCAAGAGCUCGCGAGUCCGGAACCUCCUCCGAGGCGACACCACACCCAAGGACGCCGCUUCCGAGACCAGCUCAACUAACGGUCUGCUCGCGCCGAGCAACGCUUCCGCCAGUAACUUGAGUGUCGGUGAAGCAAGUCGCCUCUCGCCUCUGACUCUCACGACCUCGAAACUCUCCCAAACUACCAUGGACAGUGCCCCACCUUCCGCCAUCGAAGAAGAUGUCGAGAACGUCGCAUCAGGAGUCCCGCUUGCCGCAACUGGCUCCAUCGACGACUCUGUACGGACGUUUCGUGUUUUCGAGACGCUUCGAAGCAAAGACACAGCCGCUAUCAGUAAGGCCAUACAGGACAACGAGCCCUCAUCCUCCCAGCCGCAGCCGAUACCCGGGACGACAAUCCUACAUUUGGCCAUUCAAUGCGCUGAACCACAGGUCGUCGAGCAAGUAAUCACAGAAGGCAGCAGCCUCGAUGUCAAUGCACAAGAUCGAGAAGGAAAUACGCCUUUACAUCUUGCAGCGCAGCUUGGUCGCGCACCAGUUGUAGUCAAGCUGCUUGAUCAGCCCCAAGUCAACGAUACCAUUGUCAACAGGCAUGGAAAGCUCCCGAUCGAUCUUGCUAGAACUCCUGAAAUCUUUGGUCAAUUGCAGCUGUCCAAGUCACUAUUCCUUGACGGCGUCGUCAAACAGGUGCAGGAGCAUGUCGUGAAGAAUGAAUACAAGAAGAUCGAGGAUCUGCUCGUUGAGCCGCGUGUCGAAGGCUCACUGGAUGUCAACGCACUUGAGCUGCCGACGGAACCACAAACUGUGCAGACUGGCGGUACUCUCCUCCACGAGGCUGCGCGGAAAAGAGAUAUCCAACUUGCCCAAUUGCUCCUGCUUCACGGCGCAGACCCUUUCCGAAGAGAUCGCAAGGGCAAACUACCGCAAGAUGUUACCAAGGAUGAUCGCACGAGAGCUAUACUGAAGAAGUCGCCCGCGGCCGCUGCUGCACAACGGGGCAUUCAAGAAAAGGCGAUUUUGGGAAGUCAUCCUUCACAAGCUCGUGGUGCUGCCACAAGCGACACGGGUAAGGACGCAAGGGAGAUGAAGGGCUAUCUGAAAAAAUGGACCAAUUACACCAGCGGCUACAAACUGAGAUGGUUCGUGCUCGAAGAUGGGGUGCUAAGUUACUACAAGCAUCAGGAUGAUGCUGGCUCGGCCUGCCGCGGCGCGAUCAAUAUGCGGAUCGCCCGCUUGCACAUGGACUCGCAAGACAAGACCAGAUUUGAAAUUCAUGGCAAGUCGUCGGUCAAAUAUCACUUGAAAGCGAAUCACGUGGUCGAGGCCAAGCGCUGGUUCUGGUCGCUCAACAACGCCAUCCAGUACGCCAAGGACGAAGCCAAAGAAGAGAAUCAGAGGAGAGUCCCAGACACUGAUUCUGUGAGGCAGUCUCAAUCCGACCUUCCGCAAUCCAAUCUCAGUGUCACAAGCUCCCGACCUAAGAGCGGUCAGCUUGGAGUGGCACCUACUGCUUCGAGGGUCAGCUUCCGCUCCGACAUCGAAGCUGGUUCACAAUACGAUUCGCUCGAGCAGAGUCUUGCAGGCGACGAACUUCAACGUCUGCCGACAAAUGCUGGUACAGCAACUAUUGAUGGCGAGGAGGACAUGGACGGUGACGAUGCUAGUAGUCAUGAAGUCCACCAACCUGGAAGCAAGGACGCCUUCAACAUCACAGCGCAGUCUGCCAAGUUGCAGUUGGAUCUGCUUGCACGUGUUUCGGGCGCACUCAAUAGUCGAGCAUCUUCUGCGUCCGAGACCAAGCUCUCUGACCCUGAGGUCGCGCAAGCUCUAUCCGCGUACGACACGGCGGUCAUCAGCCUGAACAGCCUGAUCGCCGACCUGCUCAAAAUCUCGCGAGAUCGCGAUGCAUACUGGCAAUAUCGUCUGGACCGAGACGCCGAUGCUCGCAAGAUGUGGGAAGAGAGCAUGGCUCAGAUCGCUUACGAGCACGAGGACCUGAAGAAGUCGAUUGCCGAGUCCGAAGAGAAGCGUAAGAGAACGAAGCGCGCGCUCAAGGAGGCCCUCGAGGGUCAGUCACGACCCACCAGUCGGCCUGGUUCUAUGCAGCUCCAGGAUUCGCAGCGAAUCGAGUUUGCUGAAGCGGUCGACGAUCAUAUUCGGCCCGAGGCCAAGGCUGCUGCAGUGGUCAGGAAUAGGAGGUUGUCUACUACAUUUCGUGAUGGAAAUCGCAGGAAGUCAGUCAUCGCGCAAUACACCAACCUGUCCGACUCGGAGUCUGGAGAUGACGAGGAGUUUUUCGACGCCGUUGAUGCGGGCGAGGUUGAGGUCAUUGAACGUCCUCCUGCAGAGGCUGUUCCAGAGCCCGCAGCCGAGGUGCAGCAAGAGGGCGACGUGCGGGCGGAGAAGAUCAAAGCCAUUGAGCCAUCGUUUGCUGGCUACGAAGAAGGUGUACGCCAGCGACUCAAGAUGGACGCUGACAAUCGACCGAAAAUUUCGCUCUGGGGCAUCUUGAAGUCUAUGAUUGGGAAGGACAUGACCAAGAUGACGUUACCCGUGACGUUCAACGAGCCUACAUCGCUAUUGCAACGCGUUGCUGAAGACAUGGAAUAUACCGAUUUGUUGGACAUUGCUGCUGACCGGACAGACUCAACCGAGCGCAUGGUCUAUGUGGCUGCCUUCGCUGCAUCAGAAUAUGCAUCAACUAUCGGGCGAGUUGCGAAGCCAUUCAACCCGUUGCUGGGUGAAACGUACGAAUAUGUUCGGCCCGACAAAGGCUACCGCUUUGUGAUCGAGCAGGUUAGCCAUCAUCCGCCGGUUGGUGCUGCGUAUGCCGAGUCGGCCAAGUGGGACUACUGGGGCGAGAGUGCAGUCAAGAGCAAGUUUUACGGCAAGAGCUUCGACAUCAAUCCUCUCGGCACGUGGUUCUUGCGAAUCCGACCACGUAACGGUCCACCAGAAAUCUACACCUGGAAGAAGGUCACAUCUUCGGUGGUUGGCAUCAUCACCGGCAACCCGGUGGUCGACAACUACGGACCCAUGGAGAUCAAGAACUGGACUACGGGCGAGGUUUGCCUGCUCGAAUUUAAAGCGCGUGGGUGGAAACCCAGCUCUGCGUACCAGGUACAGGGCAAGGUGACGGAUGGGUCUGGCGUCACCAAAUGGAGCAUCGGUGGUCGCUGGAACGACAAGCUCUACGCCAGGGCUACCGAAGGCUUCGAAGACAUCGAAGUUGGGGGUGCACGCGCCAACCAAGCAAUGCUCGUGUGGCAAGCCCACGAGCGGCCAUCGGGCAUACCCUUCAAUCUCACGCCUUUUGUUGUUACGUUGAAUGCGGUUCCCGACACGCUUCGGGCGAAGCUGCCACCCACUGAUACUCGCCUGCGGCCGGACCAGCGCGCCAUGGAGGACGGCGAGUAUGACUUUGCAGCGACAGAGAAGAACCGUGUGGAGGAGAAGCAGCGCGCGGCACGGAGGGUGCGAGAGAACGAGGGUGCGGAAUGGAAGCCGAAGUGGUUCAGCAAGAAGAAAGACGAGGUGACGGGCGAAUGGUUCUGGGACUUCCACGGCGACUACUGGCAAUCUCGACACGAGGGCGACUGGUCGAGAUGCGAUGAUAUCUUCUAG